AUGAACCCUUUAUGGAUACGAUUAGCUGAGUUUAGUCUUUCAUUGAGAAGGGCCCGGCUUAUCCUCUUAAGUGUUCUGUGCACUGGGAUUUUUGCCUAUGACUUGUACCAAGACCAAAUCCUGCAAUGUCAGAUAAUUCCUGGCACUAUGACCCUGCCUGCACUGGAGAAAAAGGGGGACAUUAUGUUGGGUGGACUUUUCUCCCUUCAUGACAUGGUGUUGGAGCCCAGUCUGUCUUUCCCCUCUACUCCUCCUGCUACACAGUGCACAAGAUUUAAUUUUCGGACAUUCCGUUGGAUGCAAACUAUGAUCUUUGCCAUUGAGGAGAUCAACAGAAAUGGCAAAGUCCUUCCCAACGUCACACUCGGCUAUAAGAUCUAUGAUUCAUGCAGUACACCCCAUCAGGCUCUAAAAGCUGUAAUGGAGUUAAUGGCUACAGAGAACAAUCCAGGAGUUAAAGGUAAGACACACAAUGAAGCCACCUGCCGUGAGUCCAUACCAGCAGUGAUUGGAGAUGGAGGCUCCACUCAGUCUGUCACAGUGGCUCAUUUUCUGGGAGUCUUCCAUGUACCUCAGGUUAGCUAUUUCUCAAGUUGUGCAUGUCUCAGUGACAAAAACAAGUUCCCCACCUUUUUAAGGACCAUGCCCAGUGACUUCUUCCAGGUAGCUGCACUAGUACAACUUGUCAAGCAUUUCAGCUGGACUUGGGUGGGUGUGAUUGCAGGGGAUGAUGAUUAUGGUCGUGGUGGGGCAAAUAUCUUUGCAUAUGAGGUUACAAAGUUGGGUAUUUGUGUUGCUCUUCAUGAGAUUAUACCUAAGAACCGAGCACAGAGCACUAUAUCAUCUAUUGUUUCCAAAAUCCAGUCAUCUGGGGUUUGGGUGAUUCUGGUGUUUGCUGUGGAACAAGAUGCAGCAGCUCUGUUUGAUGAAGUACUCAGAAUGGAGCUCAUUGGGAUACAGUGGCUGGCCAGCGAGGCUUGGAGCACAGCUGCCAUCCUUUCCACCCCCAGAAAGUACCAUGACAUCCUCAGGGGUUCAAUGGGAUUUGCCAUUCGGCGAGCAAACAUCUCUGGAUUGCAAGAUUUCCUUCUUCGUUUGAAUCCCUCAAGCUCAGAUGCAAGUGAAGAUCCCUUCCUGGCACCCUUCUGGGAAGAGAUGUUUCAGUGCAGUCUGGGUGCGCAGGCUGAAGAUCAAAAACAUAAUAAUGAGGGUAAACCUCCAUGCUCUGGAACAGAGGAUUUGAGGAGCAUAGCAAAUAUAUAUUCAGAUGUGUCACAGCUAAGGAUUUCUUACAAUGUCUAUAAAGCUGUGUAUGCCAUUGCCCAUGCACUCAAUGCUAUAAGAAGCUGUGUGAAAGGAAAUGGACCAUUUCUUCAGCAAGCAUGUCCACAUGUGGACAACAUAAAGCCAUGGCAGUUGCUUCCUUAUAUAAAACAGGUAAAAUAUCUGAACACUUUUGGUGAUGAAACUACGUUUGAUGAGAAUGGCGACCCUGCAGCCAUGUAUGACCUGGUUAACUGGCAGCUGAUGCCAGAUGGAAAAAUGGAGUUUGUCACUGUUGGCAAAUUUGAUGAGACGACUGCAGCUUCACAUCAUAAACUUCAAAUCCAAGAAGAGAACAUUUUAUGGACUGGCAACCAAACCAAAGUUCCCUUGUCAGUAUGCAGUAACUUUUGUCCCCCAGGGACCCGGAAGGCAAUCAGACCUAACUUCCCUAUCUGCUGCCAUGAUUGUGUGGUUUGUACAGCUGGGGAGAUUAGCAAUCAGACUGAUGCCAUAGAGUGUGCACGAUGCCUGCCGGAGUUCUGGUCCAAUGCUGAGAAGACUGUCUGCAUCCCCAAACAGAUGGAGUUCCUUUCCUUUAGUGACACUAUGGGCAUCAUUCUGAUGGUUAUUUCCCUCACUGGUGUCUUCAGCACCUGCUUUGUGGUCUUUAUAUUCUACUGCUACAGAGCUACCCCUAUUGUUAGGGCUAAUAACUCUGAAAUGAGCUUCCUGCUACUCCUGUCUUUGAUUCUGUGUUUCCUGUGUUCCCUGAUCUUCAUCAGCCAGCCCUCUAAGUUGUCCUGUCUGCUGCGCCACACAGCAUUUGGGAUUACCUUUGUCCUCUGUAUCUCAUGCAUUCUGGGGAAAACUAUAGUGGUACUAAUUGCUUUUAAGGCUACACUUCCAGGCAGUCAUGUCAUGAAAUGGUUUGGGUCCAUGCAGCAAAGGGCAAUCAUUACUUUUUGUACACUUGUCCAGGUAAUCAUCUGUACAGUGUGGUUGGUUGUUGCUCCCCCAACUCCGCACAAACUGAUGCCACGUGACAGCCCUAUUGUCAUUCUUCUGUGUGACAAAGGUUCCCAUCUAGCAUAUGCUCUGGUCCUGGGCUACAUUGGCCUGCUGGCCUGUCUCUGUCUUCUCUUGGCUUUUCUGGCAAGGAAACUUCCAGACAAUUUCAAUGAGGCCAGACUCAUCACUUUCAGUAUGAUCAUUUUUUGUGCUGUGUGGAUAGCAUUUAUUCCCGCCUACAUCAGCUCUCCUGGAAAGUACUCCACAGUCACAGAGGUCUUUGCUAUCUUGGCCUCCAGUUAUGGACUGCUGUGCUGUAUCUUUGCCCCCAAGUGCUACAUUGUCCUAUUAAGGCCGGAAAAGAACACAAGGAAACACCUCUUGUCCAAAACUUCAGCUUCCAAAAGGUUUUAGGACAUUGCGUUAAUUUCAUUCAUAUUCUCAUUCACAUAUUCUGAACUUAAACUCACUUGCUCUUUUCAUAGUUCAAACAGUUGCAAGUGGUGGCAUCAACGUUUUGCCACCAGAUGGUAGUAGCGUGCUGUCAAUCGUCUCUUCAGCUGUUUAUCAGAUUAUAUCAGGCAUUGCAAAAUCAUGCUGUCAGAUACCUUUAUUCUCUCUAAGAACUUGUCUUUGUGACCACACACACCCACCCACACACGCACACACACAGACUCACACUGUCCAUCAUCACAACAACACCAAAGCAUGAACACAAAUCAUGGUUGUACAGUCAGUGUUGACUACAGUUGUAUUUUUCACACAUACACGUUUCUUUGACAUCUUCAGUGAAAAUUUGAAGGACAAGUCAUUGCCAGAUAUGAAUGGGAUUUGGCAGCAGUGUCCAUGCUGAUUUAACCUGAGAUAGAAUGAUGAGCCCAGGGUUUCUGAGGUAUGCGCUUUAGAAAUCCCAGCUGUCAUUCAUUAAUUAAAUCUUACUCCUGGGGCCUUUACAUAUAAACACCACGCUUGGCUGUUCCCUACAAUAACAAACCAAAGCAGUAGACAUUUUCCUGGCUUACCCAGCUGCUUUCAGGCUAACAUUGAUUAUCCAGCACUGAUUGAUCUGUUGUUCCUCCCAAGGAAGAGGAAUACUUUGGGAAAUGAA